AUGAAAAUUGAAUUGAUACAUGGUGAUAUCACUACAGUUGAGUGCGAUGCGAUUGUUAAUGCAGCGAAUAGUUCACUCCUCGGUGGAGGUGGAGUUGACGGAGCAAUUCAUCGAAAGGGAGGUUCGGAUAUUCUGGAGGAAUGCAGAAUGAUUCGAGCCAGACAAGGAAAGUGUCAUACCGGUGAGGCGGUGAUUACCACGGCUGGGAAUUUACCAGCAAAACAUGUGAUUCACACAGUAGGCCCUGUCUGGAACGGAGGAAACAAGAAUGAGGAGGAUAACCUAAAAUCUUGUUACUUGAAUAGUUUGGUGCUCGCUGAGAAAAAUGGAUGUAAAUCAAUUGCAUUUCCAGGGAUUAGCACAGGAAUUUACAAGUUUCCAAAAGAACUAGCUGCGGAUAUUGCUAUUUCAACUGUUAGAGCAUUCCCUGUAAAACAAAUUGAAAAGGUGAUUUUCGUGUGUUUUGAUCCGGAAAGCUUCGGGAUUUAUCAAAAACGACUUACUGGAAAUGAUGAAUAUGAACGAUGA